AGAUCUUUAAACAUGGCGCUGCCCAGCUUUUACGUUUUCGCCGCUGCGGCCGUGUCAUGUGUCGUUUGGCUUUCCUUGUAACUGCAUUAUGCGCGUCAGUGUAACAAAGACACGCUUCCAAGGAUUGUGUUCCGCUAUAGUCAGGAAACACGAACGCGAUACAAUGUCCAGCACACCGAAGGUUAUACCAGUCGCCUCUCCUCUAAACCGCGGACUUGAUGCAGCCAAAGAAGCAGCAUCUAUAUUGAAGGCGGGUGGAGUGAUCGCAGUGCCCACAGACACGAUCUACGGCGUUGCGGCACUCGCGCAACAUUCAGAAUCUGUUGCGCGGCUAUUCCAGUUGAAAAGAAGAGAUGCCGGAAAACCUGUCGCAAUCUGCGUGCACGACGUUGCUGACAUAUCGCAGUGGGCUGAAGUUUCUAUCCCUGAGAACCUACUGCACCAGCUUUUCCCGGGACCAGUAACAGCGGUGUUCUGCCGGACGCCGCGCCUGAAUCCAGCUCUGAAUCCAUUCACAAACCUCGUCGGCGUCCGAGUUCCAGACAGCAAUUUUAUCAGGCAGACGACAAAACUCUGUGGUGGACCACUGGCACUCACAAGUGCCAAUGUGAGCUCAGAGAUGAGCACUCUUACCAUACAGGAAUUCCAGAGCCUAUGGCCAUUCCUGGAUGCUGUGUUCGAUGGAGGUGACUUGUCAGUGUCUGGUUUCCACAGGGAAGGGUCCACAGUUAUUGACUUCUCAUUGCCAGGCUGUUUCAGGAUUCUGCGAGAGGGCUGUGUGCCACACCUGUGCAGAAGGCUGCUGCAGGAGUCUCACCUGAAAGAAGUGUAGCACCUGUAGUAUGCAUCAACUAUUGAGUCAUCUGGUAGUGAAUGCGCAAGUGUUCCUCAUAACCUGUACAUAAGACAUCUCCAAAUAAAAAUAGUUUGUCAUCAAUUCAAUAGCAA